AUGACAACCUCGACACUCACGAAAGAUGUUGAGUUUUACAUCGCGGACCAACUCUGCGUCGUUGCCGUCGAGACCACACUCUUCAAAGUGCAUCGCUCGAUGCUUGUACAAUACUCUGAAGUCUUCAAGGGCAUGUUCGUUGACGGCCUGCCCGCCUUCUCCAAUGGCGAUGGCGCUUCGGAUAAGAAUCCGAUCGUGUUAAAGAGCAUCACCGCGUUCGACUUUAGAUCCUUCCUGAAGAUAAUUUAUAGAAGUGCGGACGCAGGCUUCACACUCACGCCAGAGUGGCUAGCCGUCCUUUGCGUCGCACAUCGUUACCAAUGUCCCGGCAUUCAUGCACGGGCGUUGGACUAUCUCCAGGGCGGAUUCAAGCCAUCCAGCCGGUCUCCUAGUCGGCGGAAAGGGGAAUGGGGGCCUGAACCGGGUGCUGCUACGCUGAGCGACGCCGUUCGCAUUUUGGGCGCCGCUGAGUCUCGAGGAAUAUCCGUCAAUUACUUCAACCAAGGCGCGCUUUGCGACGCAGUGUUGCGUAUCGCUUCUCUGUCAAAACUCGAAUUUGAGCUCGUCUCUUCUCAACUAGCUGCGCAGCUGACUCAUGCGCGGGAGCUGAAGCACUAUCUUAUCAGCCCCAAUACCGUCGACAAGGCGGACACUUCCUUUCAACACUACAAUCAUCAGUACUCGCGAACUUUAUGGCCCAAACUUGGGAAUGAGGAUCCGCACUUCAGCCUCUUUGAACCAAUGACCCCAUAA